GAGGCUACCUGGCCCACAGCCUGGCCAUCAUGACGGAUGCGGCCCACCUCCUGACAGACUUUGGGAGUAUGAUGGUGAGCCUGUUCUCUCUGUGGAUCUCAUCCAGACCACCAACCAAAACCAUGAACUUUGGUUGGCACAGAUCAGAAAUCCUUGGAGCGUUCAUAUCAGUCAUGUCCAUCUGGAUAGUUACCGGCGCUCUGGUCUAUUUAGCCAUUGAGAGGAUUGUACGCAACGACUACGAGAUUGAAGGUCAGGUGAUGUUACUGACCUCCGGCUUUGCCGUCAUCGUCAAUAUAAUAAUGGCCUACAUCCUCCACCACUCCACCACCCUCCACCCCCACGGCAGCGGCUACCACCAGAUCGACGAAGACGGGCGGAGCCCCGUCAGCCACGGCCACGCCCACACGCUCCUCGGCGCCCACGGCAACACGAGCGUGCGCGCCGCCUUCAUCCACGUGGUCGGCGACCUGCUGCAGAGCAUUGGCGUCAUGGUGGCGGCGACCGUCAUCUACUUUCGGCCUGAAUAUAAAGUUGCAGAUCCCAUCUGUACAUUCCUGUUUUCUGUCUUCGUCCUUUUCACCACCCUCACCAUCCUCAGAGAYGUCUUCAGGAUACUUAUGGAAGAGGAGGGUGCGGACCCUCAGUCGGUGCUGCAGGAGGCCACAGACCUGCUCCACACCAAGUUCGGGUUCCACAGCAUCACCAUCCAGGUGGAGCUUUACUCUGAGGACAUGAGCCACUGCUCCUGCUGUCAGGACCCCAGAGACUGAGACCCAAACUGGRCCCGACUGGACCCGGACUGGCUCAGACCUGCUCCCACAACAUUCGGUUCUGGUGGACCGCUGACAACUGUGGUAGAUUUACAAGUUGGCUUUAAAAUCACAAAAACA